AUGCCUUCCGCACGAAAGCAACACUUCUUCUUCUUCUUCUUCUUCUUGUGUUCCUCCUACUUCUUCUUCUUGCCUUUCUUCUUCUUCUUCUUGCUCCUCCUCCUCCGCCUUCCUUUUUUUCUUCCUCUUCUUUUCCUCCUCCUCCAUCCUUUUACAUCUUCUCUUGCUACUACUCCUUCUUCUUCUUUUCUUCGUCCUCUUUUUUUCUCUCCUUCUCCUCCUCCGCUUCUUCUUUUCCUCCACCUUCCCUUCUUCUUCUUCUUCGUUUGCUCCACCUCAUCCUUGUUCUUCACCUCAUCUUUUUCUUUUUCUUCUUCCUUUCCUCUUUCUCCUCCUCCUCCUCCCUUUUCUUCUUUUCCUCCCCCUCCUCCUUCUUCUUUUCCUCCUCCUCCUCCUCCUUCUUCUUCUUCUUCUUCUUCUACACCACCUCCUUUUCAGUCGCCUUCUCUUUCUCCUCUUCCUCCUUUUUCUUCUUCUCCUUCUCCUCCUCCCCCUCCUCCUUCUUCUUGCUCCUCCUUCUCCUCUUCCUCCUUUUUCUUCUUCUCCUCCUCCUCCUCCUUCUUCUAUUAUUAUUAUUAUAGUUAA